GGGCAGUGCCUGACAUGACUGAUCCUCUCUUCUGCAGUUCAAGGGAAAGACAAGAUCUUGCACAAGACAGUCUGCAUCUUCCCUUAGCUGGGACAGGGUGGUAUGGAGCCCCUCCGGCUGCUCAUCUUACUCUUUGUCACAGAGCUGUCCGGAGCCCACAACACCACAGUGUUCCAGGGUGUGGCGGGCCAGUCCCUGCAGGUGUCCUGCCCCUAUGACUCCAUGAAGCAAUGGGGAAGGCGCAAGGCCUGGUGCCGCCAGCUGGGUGAGAAGGGCCCAUGCCAUCGUGUGGUCAGCACGCAUAACUUGUGGCUGCUGUCCUUCCUGAGGAGGCGAAAUGGGAGCACAGUCAUCACAGACGAUACCCUGGGUGGCAUUCUCACCAUUACACUGCGGAAUCUACAGCCCCACGAUGCAGGCCUCUACCAGUGCCAGAUCCUCCAUGGCAGCGAGGCUGACACCCUCAGGAGGGUGCUGGUGGAGGUGCUGGAAGACCCCCUGGAUCACGAUCACCAGGACACUGGAGAUCUCUGGGUCCCCGGGGAGUCUGAGAGCUUCGAGGAUGUCCAUGUGGAGCACAGCAUCUCCAGGAGCCUCUUGGAAGAAGAAAUCCCCUUCCCACCCACUUCCAUCCUUCUCCUCCUGGCCUGCAUCUUUCUCAUCAAGAUUCUAGCAGCCAGCGCCCUCUGGGUUGCAGCCUGGCACGGGCAGAAGCUAGGGACACAUCCACGCAGUGAGCCGGACUGUGGCUAUGACCCGGGGCACCAGCUCCAAACUCUGCCAGGGCUGAGAGACACGUGAAGGAAGAGGAUGGGAGGAAAAGUCCAGGAGAAGUCCCACCAGGGACCAGCCCAGCCUGAACACUUGCCACUCGGCCACCAGGACUCCUGGUUCUUCUGCUCUGGCAAGAGGCUACUCUGCCUGAAUCCCUGCUUCUCCUGGACCCCUGGAAGCAAGGACAGGUUGAGGGAGAGGGGAGGUGGUAAGAUCACCUGACAACUUCUGGGCAUUGGACAUUAACACUCAUAAAUAAAUCCAAGACUGUCAUAUUUAACUG